UUAAGGAUUUGGGAACUAUAAAUCCCAUUCUCUAUCUCCAUUUUCCCUAUGGUGAAAUGAAGCUAUUUGGGACCAUUGUCUAUCCAAAGAAUAGAUACCUAAUGUUGCAGUUCUCUAGGGGUGGCAAGAAUGUUUUGUGUGAAGAUUACUUUGAUAGCAUGAUUGUGUUUUCUGAUGCAUGGUGGAUUGGAAUGAAAGAAGAGAACCCAGAAGAGGCCCAACUUGAUUUUCCCAAGCAAAUGUUUGAGGGACAGAGACAAGAAGUUGAGUAUGACUUUAAAGGUGGGGCAGGAGCGGCAUCUGUAAAUAAGGAAGUUGUUCACAAAAGUGGUAUUAAAUAUGUAGAAAAUGAGACCACUGAAACUGAGCUUGAAAAUGAUCUAUCCGAUGAUAAAAGCAAUUUGAAUGAUUUGAUGGAAACUGCACAAACUCGACAUUCUGAGCAAACUGUUGGGAAAACAUUCAAGUUUGCAGAAGCUUCUUCUGGAGAUGAUUCUGUUGAAAGCAUUGAGGCUAAUAUAGCUAAGGAAGAAGGAGAAGAAGAAAAGAAUGUAAAAUCUAAUUCUUCUUCCGCCAUACUUCUUGACUUUGAAAAUGAGGGUGCUAUUGAAGGGAAUUAUUCUUCUGGAAAAAUUCAAGCUUAUGCCAUGUCGGGGACCAAGUUUAAGAAGCUGUUGGAAUCUGCUGUAUUAAGAACAUCUAAUGAACACUCUGAGUCACACAGUACUCAUGGUUCACUCGUUUAAGCCACUAUUUCUACAUUAUUCAAUAAAGCACAUGGUAAAAGGAAAGUAGAAGAAAAGAAAGAGCCAAGAAAGUCAAGGAAAUCUCCAUCAUCAAAAGUUUC